AUGUCAUUCAGUCGGGAAUCGGAUGCCAGACUCAAAUUCAAAGUCUCCGGGAAACUCAAAGUCUCACCAACGUUCGAGGCCAUGAAUUUGAAAGACGACUUGUUACGGGGCAUAUAUGCGUAUGGGUUUGAAGCACCUUCAGCCAUUCAAUCCAGGGCCAUUACUCAAAUCAUUUCCGGCAGAGAUACCAUAGCCCAGGCACAAUCCGGAACUGGUAAGACUGCAACGUUCACGAUCGGCAUGCUACAAGUGAUUGAUUUCAAAUCCAAAGAAUUACAAAGUUUGAUCUUAUCCCCAACGCGAGAGCUGGCUAAACAGAUUUCGCAAGUGGUGUGUAAUUUAGGGGACUAUAUGAACAUUUCUGCCCAGGCCAUCACCGGCGGCAAGACCAUGCAAAUGGAUAACAAGAAACUUUCCCGCGGGACGCAUGUAGUGAGCGGGACUCCCGGUCGUGUGCUGGAUAUGAUCAAACGACGCAUUUUGAACACGCGGCAUCUCAAGUUACUAGUCUUGGACGAGGCCGACGAGCUUUUGAGUGAAACACUCGGGUUCAAGCAACAAAUCUAUGACAUUUUCGCCAAGUUACCAACCUCGGUCCAAGUCGUAGUGGUGAGCGCUACCAUGAGUCGAGACAUCUUGGAGAUUACCAAGAAAUUCAUGAGCGACCCGGUGAAAAUCUUGGUCAAACAAGAUCAGAUCUCAUUGGAGGGCAUCAAGCAAUACCACGUCAACGUGGACCGCGAAGAAUGGAAAUUCGAUACCCUUUGCGACUUGUACGACUCCCUCACCAUAACGCAGUGUGUGAUUUUCUGCAACACCAAGAAAGUGGUGGAUUGGUUGGCCUCGAAGCUUACCCAGGCCAACUUUGCGGUUUCCUCCAUGCACGGAGAUAUGAAACAAGAAGACAGAGACAAGGUCAUGAACGACUUCCGGUCCGGAACCUCCCGCGUCCUGAUCUCUACCGAUGUGUGGGCGCGCGGUAUCGACGUACAGCAGGUUUCCCUCGUGAUAAACUAUGACUUGCCCGAGCUGCUGGAAAACUACAUCCACCGUAUUGGACGCAGCGGAAGAUUUGGACGUAAGGGUGUUGCCAUCAACUUCGUAACGCGACAGGACCUCCGCAAAUUGAAGGAGAUCGAGAAACAUUACACCGUCAAGAUCCCGGCCAUGCCCGCUAACAUCCAGGAGCUAUCCUAG